UUUCAGUUGUUUCGUAUAAAUCUUUUUUACGGCUUAAUAAUAGCUGUAGAGCAAACAAAAGAGAAACGAUGAAGCAGACAACUGAGAAGAGGUCUUGGCCACAAAUUGCAGCCGGGUCCAACAAGUUUAUCCAGCAAGAUUAUCUUUCUCCAGUCUCUCAGCAAUCUUAUCCAGAUGCAGAUAUAGCAGCAGCAUUUCUCGCACAAGCUCAUUCCGGCGAUGUCCAUGUCCACCACCCACCUGUACGCGGCGAGAGAGACCCGACCACCGCCUCCUCCGCCGCUCGCCGUCGCCGUCGCCGUCGCCGUCGACCCGCCCGCCGAAUUAAUUAAUACGGCCACAGCCCACAGGUUUAGUACCCCGUUUGGAUUUCUCCUUUCCAAGAGACCAAUAUGCCAAAGCCGUAAGAUGAAUAGUGUCCUAGAGUUGUUCUAGAGGAAAAGGAUAAUUGACAGCAACUUUUCUCCAACCUGGCCCUUGUCGAUUGAUCCCCAUGCUGUAUAUGAUGAUGAUGAUACAUCUAUGUCAAUUGGGUUCUAGAAUGAAAAUAUUGUAUGUGAAUCUUGUCGGUGCAGAUGCCAGCCUUCUAGAAUCUAAGAUACACUAAUGGGAUUGUACAAGGUCAGGCAUGUGCAUGCAUAGUGCAUAACCCCAGACAGCUCUAAACAAGUUAUAAUACAUUAACAUGCAGCAUAUCCUAUAGGGGUUCUAUAUUUCUCUAAAUAAGAUAAUAGCAGUACAUCUGUUCUAAAAUAUACAAGUAACUUUUAGCUAUGAAUUUUUUAAUGGAGGUAUAGCUAUGCAAGCAUAUAUAAACAAGAAAAAUGGUCCCUAUGUCCAAAUAGAAAAAAAUGUAAAAUUAAUCUAGAAAAAAUGUCAUGUCUUUGUCAUCACAAGCAUAACUUUCAACCGAUUAGUGGGCGAAAAGCACUGGAUCCAGAUAACCACAAAGAAGAAGAAAAUCACCCUCCCCCAAAAUCAUUCCAAAAACAUCACCUUCUCCAGCAAUGAUCUGAUCCACCACAGCACAUUGGCCUCUCAUGAGAUCAGCUGGCCUCUGCGAAAAUUACUGGGAAAAACUAUGAGGCUACGAUCCUGACCGUCGAUUUCGGAUCGGACGGAUGGAUCACCAUGGAUACCAUUCACCGUGGAAGAAGGAAGGUUGGUCUCCACCAUGGCGCCAAACUGUGAAAGCAACAGCCAUGGAGAAGGAGAAAAGGACAUGCACAUACUACUCUCUGACUCAGCAAACAAUCACAUAAUCCUCUAAGAAAAUAAAAAAAAUGAUUUCUUCUAGAGAUAAGAUCAAGAACUCAACGUCCAAGUGGCACCACUAAAAUUCCUCACCCCCUAAACUCCCUAUAAAUAAUUCACCUUUCUUUUCUUUUCUGAUCUCAUCGACUCGACGACGACGACGCAUUCCGAAUUAUUCAAGAAAUUCAAGAAGUGAACAGAGGAGGAAAGGAAACAUGGCUUCGUUUGCAUCCACGGCGGCGCCUUGGGGAUGCGUCGCCGGAGCUCGGCGUGGCGGCGGCGGCGGCGGGCGGUGUGGGGUGCGCGCGUCCGCGGCGCUGGCGGUGGCGGCGCCGGCGGCGAGGACGCACUACGAGGUGCUCGGGGUCGGGGCGGGCGCGAGCAGGGGGGAGAUCAAGGCGGCGUACCGGCGUCUGGCGAGGGAGGUGCACCCGGACGCCGGCGCCACGGGGGACGAGGACUUCAUACGGCUCCACGCCGCGUACGCCACGCUCGCCGACCCCGACGAGCGCGCGCGGUACGACCGCGCCAUGGCCGGCCCGGCGGCGUCGGCGUUCCGGCGGGCGCCCGCGUCGUCGUUCCGGCGGCGGACGUGGGAGACGGACCAGUGCUGGUAGGGCAGAAGCACAACUCCGGUGCUCCCUGCCCUACUGCGCCGCGCUCUCCGCCGCCGGAGCUCCGUCGGGCACGGCGGUUUGCCGGCGAGUGACGUGGGAUUCUGUCGGCCGUCGGAUCCAUCAUAGAAGGCCCAGAUCGAAGAGGAAAAGAGGAAGCGGAGCGAGAUAUUUGCAGAGGAGCCCUCCAUUUACCAUCUAUUGUCAACAAGGUCCUCCCGCGACCAUCUCGGCCGUUCGAUCGACUUGUGCGGCGCAGAUUGAGCCAAAAAGAGAGGCGCAGUGCGGAUGUUUUCCUAUGGGACCCUCAAGUAUUCGGUAUUAUCAAGCAUACCCCCAUCCCGCCGCCGGCGGCGGCGGCGGCGGAGCAAAGUGUUGCCGCGCCGGCGAGUACUGCGGUGAUCGCCGGCGUUUCGUGGGGAUAACACCGCUAAUGCAUGGUUCUUCUCCUGCAAUCCUGUGUAUAUGCUGUAACACGAAGAGAGGCAAUUUUAGAGAACUCUUUUGUGUGCUGAUUAGCUUGUUUAUAUAAUAGGUUUUAGCUCUGUCUCUCUCAACUGUAAAUGAUCAAGAAACUAUUGUUUCUUCUCUUUCCUUUUCAAAUCAUCAUCGUUGAGUACUAAUUUGAAGAACACUCGAAUGUGUAUCUUUGGUGAUUCAAGUUUUUUAA